AUGGACAAUGCAAGUUCUGUGUCUCACUUUCUGCUGUUGGAGUUCUCUGAGGUUCGAGACCUGCAGAUCAUCCAUGCCUUUGUAUUUCUGACAUUGUACAUGGCAACUGUGUCUGGGAAUCUGCUCAUCAUUCUUGCCAUUGUUCUUAACCAUCGUCUGCACACUCCCAUGUAUUUUUUCCUGAUGAACCUGGCCAUACUGGACAUCGGCUCAAUUUCUGUCACAAUACCCAAAUCCAUGGUUAAUUCUCUUUUGAACACCAGGUUGAUUUCUUAUUCUGGAUGUGUUGCACAAGUUUUCUUUCUGCUCUUCUUCGUAGCAUCAGAUUUUGCCCUCCUCACAGUGAUGGCACAUGAUCGCUAUGUUGCUAUUUGCAACCCACUGCGAUAUGAGACAAUAAUGAACAAAGUAGCCUGCAUGCGGAUGAUUGUCAGCUCAUGUGUGAGCGGCCUUUUCUAUGCUGUAAUGCACACUACUUGCACUUUUGUCAACUCCUUUUGCUCCAAUGUUGUGGACCAGUACUUCUGUGAAAUCCCCCAGCUCCUCAUGCUCUCCUGCUCUGACUUAUAUCUAGUUGAAAUUGGUGUUCUUGUGUUCAGUGUUGCUGUAGUUUUCAGUUGCUUCAUUUUCAUCAGCAUAACUUAUGUCGUUAUCUUCACUACAGUAGUAAGAAUUCCUUCUGCUCAGGGGAGGCAAAAGGCCUUCUCUACCUGCCUUCCCCACCUUAUAGUGGUCUCUGUGUUUGUAUUCACUGGAUCUUUUGUCUACUUGCUACCCUCCUCAAGCUCCCUGUCAGACCUACGUUUGGUAUGUGCAAUUAUUUAUUCUGUGGUUCCACCCCUAAUGAAUCCAUUGAUUUAUAGUUUGAGAAACAAAGAGAUCAAGAGUGCCCUUUGGAAACUGCUGACUUAA